UCCGGGGUACAAAGUACAGCAGGGACGCGGGCGGAGCCUUUCCAAGCGGCGCAGCCGUAUCUUUCCCCAGUGAACACCUAGAUGGAUUUCCAAUACCGAGCCUGGCACAUUCGGGAGGGAGCCUCGGGCUCCUUCCGUACGCCCAGCUGCGCGUCCUCCUUUCUGCGGUCGAUAUUCCUCUGGGAGACGUAGGGGGGUGGUCUGGGCACUACGAGCUUUAAUAAGAGAUUCGCAGUGGUUUACCUAGGCCCCUGAACACUCCCGCCCGCGAAGAGCUGCCUGCGGUGAUGUAACGCAGAAGCCCCUAACGCACGGUUGUUGUCCCUCCUCCUCCUGAGGCUCGCGGCUUAGGGUCAGUUUCCGUGACUCUAAGAGUAUCUGCGUGGGCGCCUGUGCUGGAGUCCGGCCCAAAGAAAGGAGUUGCAACGAGCAAAAAACGUCACCGCUCUACCACCGCACACUUUGUACGGGCCAUCCACGCGUGGGUCUGGAGGUAGCGCGCCCAAGCUGCUGACGCGCUGGUGGUGCCUAUUAAUCAUUCACCAGCCCAGAGCCGCGCCAGUUAAUGGCUGUGCGGCACCCGGGCUCCAGCCUCUGGGCCUCCCCUCUCCACGCUCGCGUGCGCUCAGGCGCCCCGGAGCGACGAGCGGUUGCGCGCAAGCAGCCGUUGGGCUAUGCGCCCCGCCGGCGCGGGUCGGAGCCGCGCUCCCCGCAGCCGCUGCGCUCUAACCACAGUGGCCAAGAGGCAGUGAGCUGCGGGCAGGCCGCCGGGGUGCCGAGUGAGGGCGCAAGCCGCGGGGUCCUGAGGAGAGCUCCCUAGCCCCGGCAGCCCCAUCUGCCCCAUCAGCUGAGAUGUUCCCCAAUGGCACCGCCUCCUCUCCCUCCUCUCCUAGCCCCAGCCCGGGCAGCUGUGGCGAAGGCGGCGGCAGCAGGGGGCCCGGGGCCGGCGCUGCGGACGGCAUGGAGGAGCCGGGACGAAACGCAUCCCAGAACGGGACCUUGAGCGAGGGCCAGGGCAGCGCCAUCCUCAUCUCUUUCAUCUACUCCGUGGUGUGCCUGGUAGGGCUGUGUGGGAACUCAAUGGUCAUCUACGUGAUCCUGCGCUACGCCAAGAUGAAGACAGCCACCAACAUCUACAUCCUCAACCUGGCCAUUGCCGAUGAGCUGCUCAUGCUCAGCGUGCCCUUCUUAGUCACCUCCACGUUGCUUCGCCACUGGCCCUUUGGCGCGCUGCUCUGCCGCCUCGUGCUCAGUGUGGACGCAGUCAACAUGUUCACCAGCAUCUACUGUCUGACUGUGCUUAGCGUGGACCGCUACGUGGCCGUGGUGCACCCCAUCAAGGCAGCACGCUACCGCCGGCCCACGGUGGCCAAGGUGGUGAAUCUGGGGGUGUGGGUGCUAUCGCUGCUCGUCAUUCUGCCCAUCGUGGUCUUCUCGCGCACUGCAGCCAACAGUGACGGCACGGUGGCCUGCAACAUGCUUAUGCCCGAGCCCGCCCAGCGCUGGCUGGUGGGCUUCGUGUUGUACACAUUUCUUAUGGGCUUCCUGCUGCCCGUCGGGGCCAUCUGCCUGUGCUACGUGCUCAUCAUUGCCAAAAUGCGCAUGGUAGCCCUUAAGGCCGGCUGGCAGCAGCGCAAGCGCUCAGAGCGCAAGAUCACCCUGAUGGUGAUGAUGGUGGUGAUGGUGUUUGUCAUCUGCUGGAUGCCUUUUUAUGUAGUGCAGCUGGUAAAUGUGUUCGCAGAGCAGGACGACGCCACGGUGAGCCAGCUGUCGGUCAUCCUCGGCUAUGCCAACAGCUGUGCCAACCCCAUCCUCUAUGGCUUCCUUUCUGACAACUUCAAGCGCUCUUUUCAGCGCAUCCUGUGCCUCAGCUGGAUGGACAACGCCGCGGAGGAGCCUGUCGACUACUACGCCACCGCCCUCAAGAGCCGCGCCUACAGCGUAGAGGACUUUCAGCCCGAGAACCUGGAGUCCGGCGGCGUCUUCCGUAAUGGCACCUGCACGUCCCGCAUCACGACUCUCUGAGCCGGGACCCCUGAGAGGCCCCGCACAAAGGGAGGGAAAAGCAUUGAGGAGAAAGGGAGUCUGAGGGCGAGAGGUGGAAGUAUCCCCGGGGUUCAGGGUGCGGUGGGGCAAAGUGGGGCUAGGACACUGCACGCUUUGGACGAAGGUGGCCCGGGAAAGGCGCGCGACCAAGGUGGAUUCGGCGUUUUGCUUAUGAACUGGAAAUGCUUGCGGGCCUCUGUCUCCUGCCUCCUACUUUCGCUCCUUUCUCCACUGCGCUUGUACUUCAGCACCCCUCUGUGCUCCCCACUCUGUAAUUCGAUCUUUCCUUACGCCCGGUCCUGCCGGUGCAGAUCGUGAACUUGUGAGUCGUCAACUCAGCCUGACCCUCAUCCCCGCCAGCCGUUAUUUCUGUUUGUUUAAGCUGAGCCAUGGUUACCGCCAAAGGUUUCCUUCGGGGUGAGUCCUCAGCCCCGCCCUGCCGCGCCCCUCGCUUUCCAGAUUCUGCCCGGUGCCCCUAGAGGAGUCUGGAGAACCACCGCUCCUCCUUUGCACACCCCUACUUUAAGGGAAAGAGCUAGGCAGCUGGUCUUUUCUCCUACUAUGGGAUGAGGAUGCGUCUUUUCUCCUACUAUGGGAUGAGGAUGCGUCUUUCCCGGAGGCCCUACGUCACUCCCACUCCACCUAAGCGGAGCCAGGUGCUCAGUAAAAUCGGUCCCGCGCUUCUAACACCAGGCAUUCUGCAGUUCUCAUCCCAAACCCCCUUUGGAGCAAAAAGGAGCUGAAAACAAGGACCGAGGGGCUUUUAGAAGGCUCCGGGGUUGGGGGCAGGGCUCACAACCGGAGCUUUUGAUUUCAAAGACCAGCAUUCCCGGGAGACUGGUCUGCACUGGGCCGGGUAGGGCAGGGAGCGCUUUCCCCGGAGCCCGUCCGGGAUCGUGGCUGCAGCUACACUAGGUUUCUCCCUCACUCAGGCUUCUGAAGGUGCAGAUCUGAGGGUAACAACAGACUUGGUUUCCUGCUCCGGUUUAUCUCAAAGACCAGGCAGGCACCGGGGACUGGAAUUUCGGAUGGGGCCUUCAAAGCCUUGGCCAAUCACGACUGGGUCGCCCCCUCCUGCAGGCCUGUCUCACUCCUGAGGGUUGCUGCCUUUCAAGCGGUGCCUAAUAAGUUAUUUUCUUGUUUAACAUAUUUAUUUAUUUAUUUAUUUGUCGGGUUUGAACAUGUGUCUCUGCUUUCCUUUACCUGCCUAGCCCAGGGCUUUUCCUUCAGGACCCUGGGGGUGGAUGUGGAAGGGCUGGGGUGGGGGUUGGGGGGCUCUCUCAAAAUUUCUCCUCUUUGCUGGGUCCUUUUUUUCUCACCCUUCCUCUAGCCUUUCUAUUUUUGCUUGUAUCCAAUGAAGUUUGGAGAUUUUUUCCUACUUAUGUAGUGUCUUGUUUGUCUUAUAAUAAGUACAUGCUUGUGUGGGUUAGCCUCCUCCUAUGCAAAGUGGAAAGCGCUGAACUAAAUUUCAACAUCACCCUAUAUAUGAUUUGAAUAUAUAUAUAUAGUAUAUAUGUAUAAUACGUAUUCACAUAUUAUAUAUUUGUUUGUCUUGCUUCAUUGUCAUGAGUCCAUGAAAUGGUUCCUAAAUAUAGCCACUAACAGUGACAGCUAUGAGGCUAGUUGAAACACUUUCCCGACAAGGGGCUUCGAGCAGCUCUCAAACCUGGAGCUGAGAUAUCUGACUCAGACAGACUUCAGUCAGCACUGCGGAUGCCCCUGCUUACAUCCCUGUUCCCUCUAGUUUCCAGCAUAGGUGAUUCUAACAUACAGUCUAGUUCCUAUCAUUCUUUUGGAGACAUUGAAAGUAAAGUAAUGUGUGUCUAUGUUCAAUCUUACCAACUACAUUGGAAGCCUGAGCAAGGAAGGACCAAUCAUUUCAUUCCUUUGUAUUUCUUCUAUUGCUUUAGUAUGCUGGCAUGUACAUAGUAGACACUACAUACAUGUUUGUUGGUUGAUUGCUUAAGUAAGCUAGAAUGUAUUACAACCAUCGAUCGGGAGAUAGUAAAUCUGUGGCUCUCAGGUUCUCUCACUGACAUGAUACACAAUGGUCAAAAUCACUAUGGAAAAAGAUGUUUGUAUAUAUUUGCUUCAAGAAUAUUGUGCUUUCCUGAAAGACGUAACCAAGAGUUCUAAUGUCCUUAAUGUUUAGUUUAAACUAAUGAACAAAUAUGCUUUUGGUCAUAAAUCAGAAAGUUUAGUUUUGUCCCUUAAAAAUAAUAUAUAUAUAUAUAUUAUUACUCCUUUGAAAAAUAGAUUUUUAAUGGUUAAGAACAGGGAAAUUUGCAAAUCAAAAUUUUGAUUAUUAACCUCUUAAAUGGAUACAAAUCUAGUGGUCUUAACCUGUUACCAUUGUAAUAUUAACUAAAUAAACCAAUGUAUUAUGUUUUUGCAAGUUGUCUGACUUUGCCAUUUGAAUUUUACUGUUUCAGUGGGUUACUUAGAAACACGCACACAUGGGCUUGGUUGCUUUAUGUUUCACUUAGAUUUUUUUUCUCACUUUUAUUUAACGUUUAUUGGGGAGACAAUUGUUAGUAAAGUUACAUAGGU